AUGGGAUCAUCACCACCUCCACCUUUACCUGGUCCUGCAUUACUAGCCAGUUCCUUUCGUAAGAUUGUCGCAGAUGCUAUUAAAUCUCACCCAGAUAUGGCUGAUUUUCUCACAAAUUUGUAUUUCAAAAAUGAGAAUAGCCAAUAUUCCUCCCGAACCGACCAUCGUAGCUUUUCCUCUUCUCAACCAAAAAAUCAGCUGGAAUCCCAAAUCGUUUUACCAACCAUGCCAAAUAAUAACCCUACAUCAUCAAUGCAUUCCAGCUGGACUUUUCAUUCUGCACCGGCCGGUGGUAUUUGGUCCAGAAAUCAACCCGAAUCGGAUCAAUAUUGUAAAUGCAUGGAGAAAACAUUGGUGGAAGGCCCCAUAAUGCCUUCCAUGAGGACUUGCCCGGUUCAUGAAACUUCCUACGAGAUUUCAAAUUUGUCUAGGUUGUUAACUGCUUCUCCUAUUUCACCGUCACCACCAGUCGUACAUGGUGAUGACGUAAUCUGUAGGAUGUGUGAUUCAGUUCCUAGUGAUCAUCAGAAUGCUGGAGGAUUUGUCUUUGUUCCAUUGAACUCAAACAACCAAGAGGGACUUAAUUCCCAAAGUUUGGAAAGCUCUUCACUCCUACAUGGACAGAGGAUUCAGAGUAUUCAGACAAUGACUUCCCCAAUAGUCGCAACCACACCAGUCAUCCCAAAUGACGCCGACAAACUCCAGCAAUUUGUUAAGCAAUUCGAAGCACUAAUUCAUGUGGAUCUAGAACUGAUGGAUUCUGACAACGACGAUCUGGAAAUCUCCCCGUCGACGAUCCCCUCAACUUAUGAUAAUGGCCCGACAAUUUAUCAUACAGCAUCAGGAAGAAACAAUAGUACUGGCGUUAAUGAUGAGAACGUUGAUGAAGAAGAGUUAGGAACAAACCAAGAAGUGUCGCCCAAACCAAAUGAUGAAUUGAUGAUUGGGGACGAUGAUGAGUUCUUAGAUUGGAUAAACUGGCCCGAUGAUCAGUUCAUGAUGGAUAGUACUAGAGAUAUAUAUUGA